AUGGAGGGGGUUGUUACAAUGACUGAAGCCAGAACCCAAUCCAAUGUAUCGGUCAGCGAUUUUAGCCUGGUGACAGACAAUAAUCCCGAGAAAAUAUACGCCCAAUUCGCGGAAUUACGGUCCAGAUGUCCUGUCGCACGUACGGCCGACAAUGGAGGCUUUUAUCUUCUAACGAGGUACGAAGACAUAAAAAACGCGGCUUCCAAUACAGAAAUCUUCAUAUCAUCCGUCAAGGCUGUGAUUCCCAGUGAUCCUCGAGGCAUCCGGAGACCGCCACUUAAUACCGAUCCCCCUGCUCAUACGCCGUACCGGACCGCGCUCGACCGCACAUUACGGCCGAAGCGCCUCAGACGCCUUGAGCCCGUUCUGAGAGAGCAUGCCGAGCGCGAGUUUGCGAAGUUGGUUGCUAAGGGAGGUGGCGAUAUAUGCGGUGACUUUGCGGCCAUCUUCGCCGCGUGGGUGGAGACAACAUGGUUGAACCUGGAGGAUGGAACGGCACCAAUGCUUGCGAAUACAGCAGCGGCUUGGGUAAACGCGUGGCGUAGGCAAGACGCAAAAGAGACAUCAGAGCAGUCAGAAAAGUUGUAUCUUAUUGCUCGGGAGUUGUUUGCUGACAGAAGAGUAUCCCCUCGAGACCCCGAGCAAGAUCCAGCAUCGUCACUCCUCCAGGAGAGAGAUACCAACGGUCAGCCGCUGAAGGAUGAGCUCUUGAUCGGCGCCCUCCGCCAAUCCCUCGUUGUGGGCAUGGUUGCACCUCCUCUACUGUUCGGUAACAUAUGCAACCACCUCUCGAGAGAUAAAGAACUCCAGAACAGGCUGCGCUCCAAUCCCUCCCUUAUCCCAGCCGCUAUCGAAGAAUUUGUGCGUCUGUACGUGCCCUAUCGCGGCUUCUGCCGGACUCCUUCCCGAGACGUUGAACUCUGCGGGCGAACAAUCCCCGCGAAGUCGCCCAUCACCAUGACCUAUGCUGCGGCCAAUCGAGACCCAAGCAUAUUCUCUCAGCCUGAUGAGUUCAUCCUGCACCGGCCUAAUAUCACCUCUCAUCUGGGAUUCGGCCGCGGGAGGCACCGCUGCGCGGGGAUGCCGUUAGCAAGGAUGGCACUGCAAAUCGGUCUUGUCGUUAUCCUUCAGCAGUCAUCUGAUUUUGAGGUGAAUGGCCCACUGCAGUAUGCAGGGAUGCCGGAGAUGGGGAUCUCAAGUUGUCCGCUUCGAAUCACACCCAGGGACAGUGUAGAGCCCUUGCGGUAA